AAAGGAAACAAAUAUUGAACUUUGUUAUUGUUUGGAAAUUUGGAUCAUCAAAUCAUAAUUAUGAAAAGACUUAGUAGCUCUGAUUCUUUGGGAGCUUUGAUGUCCAUGUGUCCAAGUACUACAGAUGACCAGAACCAUGGGAACAGCCAUGUGUAUUCAACAAGGGACUUUCAGUCUAUGUUAGAAUUAGGCUUAGAUGAAGAAGGAUGUGUGGAAGAAUCUGGCCAAAAGAAAAGGAGACUAAGUGUUGAACAAGUGAAAGCUUUGGAGAAGAAUUUUGAAGUUGAGAACAAACUUGAACCUGAAAGGAAAGUGAAAUUGGCUCAAGAACUUGGAUUGCAGCCUAGACAAGUAGCUGUUUGGUUCCAAAACCGACGUGCUCGAUGGAAAACAAAGCAACUUGAGAGAGAUUACAAUGUUCUUAAAGCCAAUUUUGAUUCACUCAAACACAACUAUGAAUCUCUCAAACAUGACAAUGAAGCUCUUGUCAAAGAGAUUCGUGAGCUGAAAUUAAAGGUAUAUGGUGGUGAGAAUGGAGAAAGCAGAGGAGCUGUUGUUGUUUCAGUGAAAGAAGAAGCUAUGGAAUCUGAAAAUGAUGACAAAAUGAUUGAACAGAACAAGCCAAAUGAUCUUCUUGAAGAAGAAGAUCAAGAUCAAGAUGAUGAUGUCGAGAUCAAUGCUACUAUUGCAUCCACCAUUUUUGCUGAUUUUAACAAAGAUGGUUCCUCAGAUAGUGACAACUCAAGUGCAAUCUUGAAUGAAGAUAACAGUCCAAAUGCUGCUGCAAUUUCAUCGUCUGGUGCAUUCUUGAUCUCUACUGAUGGUGGGGUUGGUUGUUCAUCUCCGAAUUUGUUGAAUUUCACCUUCAAGUUCACAGAAUCAAGUCCAAAGUCAAUUCUUGGAGAUUCCCAAAAAGCUAAUUGUUUUACUAAUCAACCUCCGUCAACAACAACAACACAGUAUGUGAAGAUGGAGGAACAUAAUUUCUUCAACGGCGAAGAAUCUUGCAGUACUCUUUUCUCAGAUGAACAAGCUCCUACACUUCAAUGGUACUGUUCUGAAGAUUGGAACUUUAAAGACACUCCUAGUCAUCUUUCUUGAUCAUGAAUAAAGGAGGAAAUUGUCUUAUGGAACCAAAUUUUGUAUAGUGGUUAAAAAAUGGCCUAAUGGGAACAAAGUGAAAAGAUGGAAGUUUUUGGAUUUUUCCCAAGGUGAAGAGGGGGUUGUGGGGGGGGGGGGGGGGGUGUGUGAAAGGGGGUGGUAGGGGUGAUGAGGUAAAAAAAAAAAGGAGAUGAAGAAGAAUUCAAGAAAAUGGUUAUGGAGAGAAAAAGAGCUUCCUUUGUAAUGGCAAAUAAAAGUGGCUAAAAGUAUAAAUAACCAUGCAUUCUAUAUUUGAAUGAUUUUAUAAUCCUUUUU